GUGAUUGGAGCUGAGGUCAGUGGCCUGAUCUCUCUGAAGUGCUGUGUGGAUGAGGGACUUGGGCCCACUUGCUUUGAGAGGACUGAAGAUAUUGGAGGGCUGUGGAGGUUCAAGGAAAAUGUGGAAGAUGGCCAAGUGAGUAUCUAUGAAUCUGUCAUCACCAACAUAGCAAAGAAAUGUCUUGUUUUAGUGACUUCCCAAUGCCUGAAGAUUUUCCAAACUUCCUGCACAAUUCUAAACUUCUGGAAUAUUUUAGAAUUUUUGCCAAUUUUGGUCAUCAAAAAUACAUUCAGUUCCAGACAACUGUACUUAGUGUGGAAAAACACCCAGCUGUCUCAUCCUCUGGCCAAUGGGAAGUUGUUACUCAGAGCAACGACAAGGAGCACAGAGCUGUCUUUUUCUUUGAUGCAGUUAUGGUUUGCUGUGGCCAUCACAUCCUGCCUCACAUCCCACUGAAGUCAUUUCCAGGUAUCCAGAAGUUCAAAGGUCAGUAUUUCCAUAGCCGCCAAUAUAAGCACCCAGAGGGAUUUUAGGUAAAACACAUUCUGGUGAUUGGAAGAGGAAACUCGGCCUCAGAUAUUGCUGUUGAGCUGAGUAAGAAGACUGCAUAGGUAUUUAUCAGCACCAGGCAAGCCUCCUGGGUCAUGAGCCAUAUCUCUGAAGAUGACUAUCCUUGGGACAUGGUGUCCCACACACGGUUUAACUCUAUAUUCCAAAAUAUCCUGCCACGAAUGGUUCUAAAAUGGAUGACAGAACAACAGAUGAAUCGGUGGUUCAACCAUGAAAAUUAUGGUCUUGAGCCUCAAAACAAGUAUUUUUACUUUUUUUAUAGUAUACUCAUUGGUAAGCAAGGUUGUCUGAAGAUACCUGUACUAAAUGAUGAUCUUCCAAGUCAUCUACUCUGUGGAGCCAUCAAGGUGAAACCGAGAGUGAAAGAGCUCACGGAAACUUCUGCCAUCUUUGAGGAUGAAACGGUGGAGGAGGACAUUGAUGUCAUUGUCUUUGCUACAGGAUAUACGUUCUCUCUUCCCUUCCUUGAAGAUUGGCUUGUUACUGUGGAAGAUAAUAUGGUCUCACUAUAUACAUACGUGUUUCCCCCUCACCUGGAAAGGCCAACCCUUGCAUGCAUUAGUCUCUUCCAGCCCCUAGGCUCCAUUUUCCCAACAGCUGAACUUCGAGCUCAUUGGGUGACAAGAGUUUUCAAAGAAAUGGGAGCGGCGGGGACGGGCCUGGCGCCGGCGCCGGCAGAGGGGGCGCCGCGGGCGGGCGAUGUGAGCGCGGCGCUGUGGGCAGCUGACAAACUGCUGAAUUUAGCUUAG